AUGAAAUUUUGUGCAAAUUUAUCUUUUAUGUUUACGGAAUCCUCGAAUAUACUGGAGCGAUACAUUUUAGCCAGAGAUGCAGGUUUUAAGGCUGUCGAGACUGGGUUUCCUUUCGGUAGCACAUUGGAACAAGUCAAGAAGGCAAAAGAAUCCAGUGGUGUUGAACAAAUUUUGAUCAAUCUUAAAACAGGAGAUGUAACCAAGGGUGAAUUAGGAGUUACAGCAGUUCCAGGAAAAGAAAAUGAAUUCAAAGAUAAUUUGAAGACAACUAUUGAUUAUGCUAAAGCUCUUGGGGCCCGAAAGAUUCACAUUAUGGCUGGUAAAUUGGAAGAUGUGUCUUCUAAGAACUGGGAAACCUAUGAAAAUAAUUUGAAAUAUGCAGCUAAUAUAUUGAAGGAUGAGAAUAUCUUAGGUGUAAUAGAACCAAUUAAUCAGCACUCUGUACCUAAAUAUUUCCUAAACGAUUUUGGCAAAGCUGUAGAAAUAAUAAAAAGAAUAGACAGCGCACACUUGAAAUUACAGCUGGAUAUUUUCCACUUGCAACAUAUCUGUGGUGAUCUCUCACAUAACAUCAAGAAUCUCAUGCCUUACGUUGGCCACAUUCAGAUAGCUCAAGUACCUAAUCGCAAUGAACCUGACACUUUUGGGGAAAUUAACUAUAAGUACAUACUUCAGCAUAUAGAAAAUAAUGGCUAUACAGACUGGAUUGGACUCGAGUAUAAGCCAGCUGGAAAUAGCAAGGAUGGUUUAAAAUGGAUAAAAGAAUUUGGCUAUACUCUA